UCUAGGUCCGGACAUUCACAGGAAAUAUAGCUUCCCCUCUCUGCGAUGGCUUCCUUUAUCGCCUAUGUAUAAUCCUCCAGUCAACACGGAAGCCUAAACGACCCAACUCCAAAGCUUCUCUCUCUCUUCCUCCCUCUCCUUUGAAGAAAAACCCUAAGGCUUCCCAUUCCCUUACCAAUUUGAUUCCAAUUUCAAUUUUUUUUCAUUAAAUCAAUCCUAAUUCCUCCUUCGCUGUUUAUUACCAAUUUAUUGCACAAGAGAUGUCAUCGGAGAUCGAGGUGGUGGAGGAGGUCCAAUUUAAUAAUGCUGAAUCGGCUUCUGUUAAUGGAGCCAAUGGGAUCGUUAAUGGUGGCGUUGUUGGCGAGGAGAGUUUGAGGAACGAUGUUUACACCGCCGCUGCCUAUGGGGAUUUGGAGAAGCUUCAGAGAUUGGUGGAGAGUGAGGGUUGCUCUGUUUCCGAGCCUGAUAGCCUCGGAUACUUCGCGUUACAGUGGGCUGCUUUGAAUAAUCGGACUGCUGCUGCUCAGUAUAUCAUCGAGCAUGGAGGAGAUGUAAAUGCAGUAGAUCAUACUGGACAGACAGCAUUGCACUGGAGUGCAGUUCGGGGUGCAAUCCAAGUGGCGGAGCUUUUACUCCAAGAGGGUGCUCAAGUAGCUGCUGCUGAUAUGUAUGGUUAUCAGACAACACAUGUUGCAGCUCAAUAUGGUCAGACAGCUUUCCUUUAUCACAUUGUCUCAAAAUGGAAUGCUGACGCUGAUGUUCCUGAUAAUGAUGGAAGAAGCCCUUUACACUGGGCUGCUUAUAAAGGUUUUGCUGAUUGUAUACGUCUUCUGUUGUUUCUGGAUGCUUAUAGAGGACGACAGGACAAAGAGGGUUGCACUCCUCUUCAUUGGGCUGCGAUUAGGGGUAACUUGGAGGCAUGCACAGUACUAGUACAGGCAGGCAAGAAAGAAGACUUAAUGGUGACUGAUAACACUGGCCUUACACCAGCCCAGCUUGCUUCUGACAAGAAUCACAGACAAGUUGCUUUUUUCCUUGGAAAUGCUAGGAGGUUGCUUGACAAACGUUGUGAUGGGAACAGCCGCCUGGGACGUAUCUCAAAGUUAGGACUUGCUCCUGUACUUUGGUCUAUAAUACUACUACUCUUGGUGACCUAUGUUAAUUCUGUGAUCUUGGAUCCUACUUUACCAAAGCUGACAGCUGGAUUUGGCCUUCUUGCCUGGAUGAGUGUUUUCCUAGCAACUGCUGGACUUGUUAUGUUUUAUAGAUGUAGCAGGAAGGAUCCAGGUUUCAUAAGAAUGAAUGCGCAUGACCCACAAAGCAUGAAAGAUGAUGAACCUCUUUUGAAGAUUGAGAUAAAUAAUCCUGCUUUGCUAUCUGGAAAUUGGUCUCAACUCUGUCCAACAUGCAAGAUUGUUAGACCUCUUCGGGCAAAGCACUGUUCCACAUGCGACCGCUGUGUUGAACAAUUUGAUCAUCAUUGCCCUUGGGUAUCUAAUUGCGUUGGCAAGAAAAACAAACGGGAUUUCUUUAUGUUUCUUGUUCUAGAAGUUUUGGCAAUGUUGAUUACUGGUGCAAUAGCUCUUGCAAGAGUUCUGACAGAUCCUGCAGCUCCCUCUACAUUCGGAGCAUGGAUAAACCAUGCUGGAACUCAUCAUAUUGGUGCUAUUUCUUUUCUGCUUGUGGAUUUUUUCCUGUUCUUUGGUGUAGCAGUAUUAACUGUUGUGCAAGCUUCUCAGAUAUCUCGCAAUAUAACAACAAAUGAAAUGGCAAAUGCAAUGCGUUAUAGCUAUCUUAGAGGCCCAGGUGGUCGCUUUAGAAACCCAUAUGAUCACGGCAUCAGAAAGAAUUGUUCAGAUUUCUUGAUAUUGGGUUACAAUGAAGAUGUGGAGCAUAUUGAAGAUUCUGAACAUUCCGAGGGGAUUGGGAUGACGCAUAUGACAAGGAAUUUGAACUCACAAAAUGGGGACGCCCAUUCUCAUCACAUCAAUGGCAAUGACCAUGUUGCCAUUAAUGUAAAUUCAGACAUGAAAGGCCAUCAGGGUGGCCAUCACCAUUCUUCCCAUUGCAGCCAUAAUAACCACAUUCACAGCAACGGCCACCACAGCCACAGCCACAGCCAGAGUCAUAGCCUCCACAACCACAGCCACCAUAACCAUAGCUAUGGAAAAUCCAAAACGGAUAGCAUUCCCCUGGGUUUGGGUCUUGGUCUUGGACGGAGCACUGGUCGUGCUGUUGCAGCUUCAUGAUGACGUAUGAAUGAGUGGUAGAAGCUGAAACUGAUGUGUAUUGUAUCAUUAGUUUUUGUAAGUUAAUUGAUUGUUUGAUAUUUUUGGCCUCCAGAGGCGUUUAAUCAUGUACAAAAUAUUACUCGAUUAGAAGGUGAUAGUGGCAGUCAGUGACUCGGUGCUCAUGGCUGAUUUGGCAUUCAGUUAUGAAAUUGAGGGAAAGCGGGUUAAACAACUGUGGGCCCCUGCCCUUCUUCCUCUUGGCAGCUUAUAUUCUUGGUGGUUUCUCUUCUUGUUACUUGGCAUCCAAUUUGAAUAUGAAAUAUCAUAUUAGAAACUUGAAACCUUUA